AUCAGAACAAUGCCCGAGAUGAGAGGGGUGCGCGCCCCAUCUGCGUACCAAUCGAUAUGGACCGCGACUAGCACCAUUAUCUGACAACCCCGUUCCAAAUUCAAACGUCUGACAGAACAUUUAUUUUUCGAAAUAGUUUUUUUUUUACCAAACCAGCCUGCAAUAGUGGCUAGUGAUUUUUUAAAGUGAUAUUUAUGAUUCGUGGUAUGUGUUAGCUUAAAAUGGAGGGGCGGAGGAAUUGGGAAGGUAUGCCUUUAGGCGAAUCACACUCUCCUCCACAAUCAGUGCCAGGCCGAAGGACUCCUUUGGGGGCUGUUGGUCUGGGUGGCUUCUACAUGCAAGGAGGCCAGCCUCCGCCUCCACAACAUUGCUAUCCCACUGAUGAAAACCAACCGGAACCAGGCACCAGCUAUGGCCAACGGGCACUUGGAGAUGGAAAAUCUAAACAGAAAAUGCGCCAGGGCAAAAACGUGAGGUUAAAUAUAAACGCUAGAGAACGAAGAAGAAUGCACGAUUUAAACGACGCAUUAGAUGAACUAAGAUCUGUGAUUCCCUAUGCCCAUUCGCCAUCCGUUAGGAAACUGUCCAAAAUUGCCACGCUACUGCUAGCCAAGAAUUACAUUCUUAUGCAAGCCAGCGCACUCGAGGAGCUACGCAGACUUGUUGCCUAUCUCCAAGGAACUGCUACAGCCGCUGGCAUCGUCGCCCCACCAGGCUUUGAUCUAGCGGGUCUACCAGCAACUACUAAACUUCUUCAGCCACCUUCAUUAGGACCACCAGCACCUCCUGAUCCACCUUCUUGAGACCCAGUGGUAAAAAUGGAACCUCAUUGAUACUAUGAAUUGCCGUCUGAAGUAUGGAAUAGGUAUUAGGGAAAAUAUAUGUUUAGAAGUAACUUUGUAGAAUAACUGUCCUGUCUCUAUAGAAAUAGAUGUUACCUUAAUUAUAGUGUUAGUCUAGACUUUGGAAAUAUUUUCAGUGUGAGUAGGAUAUCUCUUAGCAAUGAAAAUAACUUACUGGGCUACCGAUUUCGCUAACUCUUAAUUCAAAUUCCAUGAACCCAAAAGUAUAUCGUCAUAUAUCUUGAUAUGACGUUGACAGCUGACAGUGACAUUUUGGAUAUAGAAUGCUCUCUUGCUCUAUGGCUCUACAGCCCCGAGACGAAAUGAGCGAUAAAAACUUUGUCCGAAGCGUGAUAUCGCAACAUAAAACGAAUGUGUGAAUGACUUUAGCUGAUGUUACUAGGUGAUGUCACUAUCAAUCCUUAGCGUUAGCAUGUCAGGCCUGGAACAAAAAUCUUUCCUCUGUAUUGCCCCUAUUUAUGUUCUUAUUUAUAAAUUUAACUAAAAAUGGUGUAUCAAUAAAAAUAGUGACGAAAUUUGUGAAAGUAGCAAAAAUUAUGGGGUAAAAGGAAAAAUUACAUCACAUAAAAAAAGAAAUAGUUACACAUCUACGCUUAAUUUGUGCAACAUGAUGCGAGAAAAGGUUUUCACCUUUUCUCUGUCUUUUCUUUGGUUACAAACUGCGAUAUUUUUCUGCACAGCUAAGAAU